AUGCCCGAUCCUUCUGCUAAUCAUUUUCGCGAUUUCGAGUCCGAACGUCCUGCGGCAAGGGACAAGGUCAAAAACCAAGCUCAUCCCCGUCUCUAUCUCGGAGGGAGCAAUCUUGGGACCGUUUUGGUGUUGACAAGCAUGCGACAGAACCGUUCCGUAUGGGAGAGCACGUGUGCGACUGUGCGCUUAUUGCCCACAAACAAGGUACACCGUCGACGAAAGCACGUUCGACAACCCAGUCAGGGUCGAGACAAGCCACAUAGACCUGCUACAGCCAGUCCUACCCCAACCCCACAUAUUUCGAUGGACAGUACACUCCUAGCAAAACGACUUCUCUCACCCGUGACGGAUAUGGUCCUACUCCCAGCAUACCAUCCGUAUCCAGCCUACGAUAAUGGCCAGUAUUAUUUCAACUCCGGUGCUGUCAACCUUGUCAACCCUACUGUUGUCAACCCCGUCCCCCAAUUGCGGCUCCACAGGAACAACGACCGCGACCUCCCAAACGGACUAACUGCCCUUGCGAGUCGCGACCAUGAAUUUUCCAGCAAUAGUAGCCUCCACCCGGCGAAGUUUGACGAUGGCCGGUACUAUCCCAAUCCUAUGUUUAACGACAGCAAGUAUCAUGUCAGGACCACCCGGGGAAGCAUAAUGGGAAGGAGGUUGACACAUCGGGGCAAGCGGGCUUUACCGAUGAUUGAGCAUGCCCUCGUCGUCCGACUCCUCGAGCAUCUUUCAGCGUGCCCAAUCUCAGAGACUUCACAGGCCAUUUUUGCGAAAGUCACAGAAGUCACGGCGGGCGGCGUCCAACCAUCAUAUACCACUCUGUACUACCUGGCGUUGACGUGUCGAACUUUCCGAGAGCUGGCACUGGACGCCCUAUGGGCCCACAUACAAGAGACAUAUGUGCUUGCAAUGUGCCUGCCUCAGGACACUCGUUCUCAACCCGUAAAUUUGGGAAUAUAUGUUGAUUCCAACUGUGUGAGGUUUCUCAGACCAUUAGUCGAUGAUGAUUGGACUACUUUUCAAAAGUAUGCACGCCGACGCUGCAUUUCCACAACCCUUACUCGGCUAGUCGUUUGUUCGGAGCGUUGGCCAUCAGCAAUGGUCGAUCUCUUGGCAGGCAUAGGAAAGGCUUGCCCUAAGAUCAAAGAAUUUCGUUGUUGGAUGCCACCCUCUAGCAGUGCAUGUACCAUGCUUUCAGAUAUCGUCACUUGCUGGAACGAUCUGGAGAUCUUGGAGACAUUGGCUAUAAAUGCACAGGCAUUGAAGCAUCUUGCAUCCCUCAAAUGGCUGAGGGAGCUGGAGAUGCUCGUCCCAAUAGGUUACAGCUUGGGAUCGACGUCGCGGUUCAGCGUCAUGUUUUCGGUGGACAAAUUCGGUAUAACUGCCCCAAAUGUCCAGUUUCUUCUCGCUUUUUUGACCCCCUUGCAAAUUUCUGCGAAGAGCGCACAGCUGGAUAUCAAGACAGCUCCAAACGCAGUUGAUCUCCACCACCUACUUUCCUCCCUCACAGAGCAUUUCAAAUCCAACGUUUUAGAGUCGUUGAAUGUUAUGGUGGCUCGCCCCGCUAAAUUCUCCGAUCCCGCCCUUUUCGAACUGACUGCUUCCGCCUUCCAAAGGCUACGGGCCUUCGCAGGGCUCACCGAUCUCAAUCUCGGAUCAAUGCAUAUCUCUAUCAACGACGACGAAAUUCAAGACCUUGUUUCUGCUUGGCCGCGAAUGAAACAUCUUCACCUUCACACAAACUGGAGAUGGGAAGUCACCCGCUUGGGGGUGUCAUUUCUCGGGCUUGCAGGUAUUCUCGAGCGCUGUCCAAACCUGUGCUCCCUGGGGAUCAACCUAGAUACCACAACCCAAAAAGACUCACCUUCCCCCGUCCACCACCAAUACACUGGCAUCACCAGCGAGCAAGUCACUGACCUAAGUGUUGGGUAUGCGGAAUGUAACGAUGUUGAGGCCAUUGGCAAUCUGCUAGUUGGGAUGUUUCCCAACUUGGUCCAUAUCUAUUGCACGCGUCCCGUAGAUCCCUACUACGAAGAUGUUUCCACUCGUCAUGCGUGGUUCGAAGAGCCAGGAACAUGGAAAAAGGUCGACGAUUUCAUCACUCAAAGAAGAAGGGAGCAACUAACACAACGAUGGUAA